GACAGCGGCUCCGCGACGGCGGCGGUGAUAGCUCGCUCCUGCUGCAGCGGCCACGGCCCGGGCGCCGCGUUGGGGCCGGAUUGGGGCCAUGCUGGGCCGCCGGCGCCUCUUCGCCGUGGAGCCGCUGGGCGGCCGGGAUGGGGUUGGCGAGGACCUGACACAUGGUUGUGUAGUGCCUGGAGUCAUCAGUACGUACAGACAGAUCCCAGAUGUGGCUCCAGUUUGCUCAUCGGACUCCUGGAAGGGGCAAGACCCGCUGAGAGAUCCCCAGGGGCACGUGCCGCUUCUCAAACUGGCCUCCCAGGACUCAGGAGUGGAGAUGGCGGUUGGGGACAGCUCCCCGGCCACCUCACCCAGCUUUUCUCAAGACUCUCUGAACUUUGAGCCCCUGGGGAGCGCUGAGUCCCUGGCCCUUGGCGCCCUGGAGCCUCCUGCCCCCCUAAGCCGGCUUCUAGCCAGCCGUAAGUUGCAGCAGGUGCUGGAGCGCUCCCGCCGGUUCUCCGUUCCCCCCGCCAGCUUGUCACAGCGCUGCCACUCCCCAGAGCUGCCGCCUGGGUGUGAAAUGCCCCAUUCUGAAGCAAGGGGACAGGAGGCCACCGAGGCAGAGAGUGAUCCAGAGGAUGGCCUGGAACAAGCAGAGGUGGUGGAGGGCUUAGGGCCUGAAGCCUGCCCCGGCCUUCCAGGGCAGGGUCUUCGCUAUCUGGAACACCUGUGCCUGGUGCUGGAGCAGGUGGCAAAUCUACAGCGGCUCUGUCUGCAGCUUCAGACUCAGAGCGGCCCUGGGCCUCAGCCCUCUAGCCAGGCCCAGAGAGCCCGUCUCUCCUGUACACAGGAUCCUGAAGAGGAGGAGGAGACAACCCUGGCGCCUUCACCUCCGCCUUCUGACACCCCAGACAGUGAGGUGCACGGGCCGUGGGAACGGCUCAGCCAGACAGAGGAGACAGGAGCAAAAACAGCUUCACCCCCAAAGGUAGGGGCACCCAGUGCCAGCCCUCCCAGGCUGUCAGAGGCCCUGGCGGAGCCAGCUCACACCUUCUCAUCCUCCCAGGAACACAAGGGGGAUCGCUCCCACUGGAACAAAGUCAAGAUGCUGCUCAACCGGAUCAGGUGGGGCAGCCCUCGACCUACUGAACCUGCCACCUCUGCCGACGGUCCUGUGCCCAGUGAGUCCUGUGACCCAGCCCCCAGGAUUGCAUCAAGGGGCCUCCCUGAAAGGCCUCUGGGCCAUCCCCUCCAGAAGACCUUUAUGCCAUCAUCAGUGGUUAAGAAGAAACAAGACAAAAACCCCUCUGUACACUGAGGCCUCCUGGUGCAGGGACGGGACCCUGGUGGGGCGAGUGCGGUGAGGUCUCCUCGCCGGCUGCCCUGAUGCUGCUUCUGGGCGCUGCCAGAAAAAGCUGUGGAUGCUCUGUCUUCUCUCUGAACUCAGGCAAGGGCUGAGUCCUUCUCCUCUGAGCAGCCAAGGAGCCCUGGGUCCCUGAGAGGCCCCAAAGUGUAGCAGCUCUGGGGCUCCUCCUUGGUUGUCAAAAAUCCCUGGGCUUAGGCAAUGUGAACCUCACUGAUUCAUGGGGCAUCCAUGGGGGUGGGUUAGGCACAGUGAUAUGUCAGCACCCAGCGUGUCGUUGGGGACUGUGGGACCGUCAGUGUGGUGAACGGACUGGAUCCAGCUGUCUCUCUGGAAUCCUGCCCUCAUGGUGAGGUAACCACAGGAUGAUGCACAUGACCUUCACUCCUGAGUGGACAGUUACUGAUCUGAGUCCUGUCUUCUUCCUCAUACUCAAGUGGGCAGCCCUAGAACAGAGAAUGGCACUCUCUUGGCUGCCUCUGCCUUGAGUCUUGCCUGAAGACUGUACCAGGGAUGGGCGGGUCAAGUACAACACAAGGAACAGCAGAGUAAUCUUCAAGGUCUAUUCUCUGCUGCUUUACUGCUUACCUACAUCAUAGCUGAAACCAGAGGCCCAAAUUAGCAUUUAGACCUUGACAAAAUCGCUUAACUUUUCUGAGCCACAGCUGCCCACUUAAUCUCCCAAAUGGUAUAACGAUGCCUGCCUUGCCUACCUCACAGACUUGUUCUGAGGAUAAAGUGAAAUUAAGCUGCCUCAAAAUGCUUGGUGAAUGUUAAAUGAAUAGGAAAGGGGGUUGGAGGGAGGCUAGACUGGAGGGAUGAUGGUCAGAGGAUGAGGGGGAGUUGGGAUUGCUAAUGGGGACUAAAAUGGUCAGUGAUUAGUGGCAAGACUUUGAGCGAGUCAUUUGAGUCGCUCACAUAUCACAUCUGAGAAUUAGAACACUAACACCUGACCUGCUCAUUCCCCAAGAGUUGAUGUGAGGGCUAAAGAAAACGACUGUGAGAAUUCUUUGUAAAUGUAUACCUAAAUAUUGUGAAGGUUUAUCUUACUAUAUCACUUGUUUUGACUGAAAAAAUACACGCAACCUAAGGGACCUUUA